AUGGGAAACUGUUGUGCGAGCCCUGGUCCGGAAGCUGGGAGUAAAAAUGGGAAACCAAAGACCAAAAGCAACCCGUUUUACAGCGAGGCGUACACUACGACGAAUAGAUCUGGAGCUGGCUUCAAGCUCUCUGUUUUGAAAGAUCCAACAGGACAUGAUAUAUCUCUUAUGUAUGAUCUGGGCCGUGAGGUUGGCCGCGGAGAGUUUGGUAUCACGUACUUGUGCACUGAUAUCAAAACUGGCGACAAGUAUGCGUGCAAGUCCAUAUCGAAGAAGAAGCUUAGAACAGCAGUGGAUAUAGAGGAUGUUAGGAGGGAAGUUGAGAUCAUGAGGCAUAUGCCUAAGCACCCGAACAUCGUCUCGCUCAAGGAUGCCUUUGAGGACGAUGAUGCGGUUCAUAUUGUGAUGGAGUUGUGUGAAGGAGGUGAGCUGUUUGAUCGGAUUGUUGCAAGAGGUCAUUAUACUGAACGAGCCGCUGCUGCAGUGAUGAAGACCAUCCUUGAAGUCGUUCAGAUAUGCCAUAAGAAUGGAGUUAUGCAUCGGGAUCUAAAGCCAGAGAACUUUCUCUUUGCAAAUAAAAAGGAGACGUCACCCCUUAAAGCCAUUGAUUUUGGAUUAUCAGUCUUCUUUAAGCCUGGUAUAGGUGAGGGAUUCAACGAGAUUGUUGGAAGUCCUUACUACAUGGCACCAGAGGUACUUAGGCGACAUUAUGGACCUGAGGUUGAUAUCUGGAGUGCUGGAGUUAUCCUUUAUAUCCUUCUAUGUGGUGUCCCACCAUUUUGGGCAGAGACUGAGCAAGGGGUGGCUCAGGCGAUCAUUAGGUCAGUCAUCGACUUCAAGAGGGAUCCAUGGCCAAGAGUUUCUGACACUGCCAAAGACCUUGUGAGAAAGAUGCUUGAACCUGACCCCAAAAAACGGCUUUCUGCUGCAGAAGUUCUCGAACAUUCUUGGAUACAAAAUGCAAAGAAGGCUCCAAAUGUUUCACUCGGCGAGACUGUGAAAGCAAGGCUCAAACAGUUUUCUGUUAUGAACAAGCUCAAGAAGCGAGCGCUACGGGUGAUAGCCGAACACUUAUCAGUGGAGGAAGUAGCUGGCAUAAAGGAAGCGUUUGAGAUGAUGGAUAGUAACCAGACGGGCAAGAUAAACCUCGAGGAGCUUAAAUAUGGACUUCAUAAACUCGGACAGCAGCAGAUAGCUGAUGCUGAUCUACAGAUUCUGAUGGAAGCUGCUGAUGUAGAUGGGGACGGGACUUUAAAUUAUGGCGAGUUUGUGGCUGUCUCUGUACAUCUUAAGAAGAUGGCAAACGACGAACACUUGCAUAAGGCUUUUAGCUUUUUUGACCAGAACCAGAGCGAUUACAUAGAGAUUGAGGAGCUGCGGCAGGCUUUAAAUGAUGAGGUUGAUACUAGCAGUGAGGAAGUUAUUGCAGCCAUCAUGCAAGACGUUGACACCGACAAGGACGGACGCAUUAGCUAUGAAGAGUUCGUGGCGAUGAUGAAAGCUGGGACGGACUGGAGGAAAGCGUCGAGGCAGUAUUCCCGGGAAAGAUUCAACAGUUUGAGCCUCAAGUUAAUGAGAGAUGGUUCAUUGCAGUUAGAAGGCGAGACCUGA